AUGCACGCCAAAACCGACUCCGAAGUGACGAGCCUCGCGGCUUCGUCACCAGCCAGAUCUCCUCGCCGACCAGUCUACUACGUCCAAUCUCCAUCUCGCGACUCUCACGACGGAGAGAAAACGGCGACAUCGUUUCACUCAACUCCGGUACUAAGUCCGAUGGGAUCUCCGCCGCAUUCCCAAUCCUCCAUGGGCCACCACUCGCGAGAAUCCUCCUCCAGCCGAUUCUCCGGGUCCCUGAAGCCCGGGUCUCGGAAAGUCAACCCUAACGACGGCUCGAAGCGGAAAGGUCACGGCGGAGAGAAGCAGUGGAAAGAGUGCGCGGUGAUCGAGGAAGAAGGUUUGUUAGAUGACGGUGACAGAGACGGUGGUGUUCCUCGUCGGUGCUACGUCUUGGCCUUCAUCGUUGGAUUCUUCGUUCUCUUUGGCUUCUUCUCUCUUAUCCUCUACGGAGCUGCUAAACCACAGAAACCGAAAAUCACAAUCAAGAGUAUAACAUUCGAGACACUCAAGGUCCAAGCCGGUCAAGAUGCCGGUGGAGUAGGAACCGAUAUGAUCACCAUGAACGCGACUCUGAGAAUGUUGUACCGAAACACCGGAACUUUCUUCGGCGUCCACGUCACUUCAACUCCGAUCGAUCUCAGCUUCUCUCAGAUCAAAAUCGGCUCCGGAUCCUUGAAGAAGUUUUAUCAGUCAAGGAAGAGCCAAAGAACGGUGUUGGUGCAUGUGAUCGGAGAGAAGAUUCCGUUAUACGGAAGUGGUUCGACUUUGAUCCCGCCGGCGCCUCCGGCUCCACUUCCGAAACCCAAGAAGAAGAAAGGAGUUCCGGUGGUUAUUCCUCUGCCGCCGGCACCUCCUGCGCCGGUGCCGAUGAGGCUCAGUUUCGUUGUUCGAUCACGAGCUUACGUGUUGGGGAGGUUAGUGCAGCCUAAGUUCUACAAGAAGAUCGAGUGUGACAUCAAUUUCGAGCACAAGAAUCUCAAUAAGCAUAUAGCUAUUACCAAGAACUGCACCGUCACUACUGUUUGA